AUGGCAGUGUUGUUAGGACUAUUCACAGGACUUUGUUUUACUGUGAUUUGUGUUAUAGUGCGGCUUCUGAUUGUGAUUCGUUCUGGAUCAAAAUGUAAACCUGGAGAGAAAGGUCCCGUCUGCGUGCUUGUCGUUGCUGGAUCAGGGGGACACACCACUGAGAUCCUGCGUCUGAUGGAGAGUCUCUCUCAGUCCUACAGCCCAAGACACUAUAUAAUCGCAGACACAGACAAGAUGAGUGAAGACAAGAUACGCACCUUUGAAAACGCAAAGAAAGACACUGGUUCAAAAGGCCAGUUUACCAUCCAGCGGAUCCCUCGAAGCCGUGAGGUGCUUCAAUCCUGGAGUUCCUCUGUGAUCUCCACUCUGAACGCCCUGCUCUACGCCGUUCCUCUGGUGUUCAGGCUCAGGCCAGACGUGGUGCUGUGUAACGGCCCUGGGACCUGCGUCCCUCUGUGCGCGGCAGGACUUCUCCUGGGCCUCCUGGGAUUGAAGAGAGUCCUGCUUGUCUACGUUGAGAGCAUCUGCAGAGUGGAGAGCCUAUCCCUGUCCGGGAAGAUCCUCUAUCACGUCUCAGACUACUUCUUUGUGCAGUGGUCCACCCUGAAAGACAAAUACCCCAAAUCAAUUUACCUCGGGAGGAUAGUCUGACUCUGGGAGGAUAGUCUGACUCUGGGAGGAUAGUCUGACUCUGGGAGGAUAGUCUGACUCUGGGAGGAUAGUCUGACUCUGGAUAGACUAUCUGGGGUGGAAAAAAGAUGACCUUUUUGUCUUUACUGAUACUAUUUCAGCGUGUUACAAAUGGGAACACUUUGUUCAGAUAGAUCAUGUUUAAUAGUGUGUCUGCUUGAUGGACUGUGAUGUAUAUUUUUCUACAAACUCUAAUGUGAAUACUUUGGAACAUCGAGCCCUAUACAUAAUAACUACGUAAAGAUGUUCUGGACCACUUCAAUGUGUUAUGAAAUUAGUGUUUUUAUUAUAUGGUGCCGUGUACAGUGUAAAGAAAUACUAACUGGUAAUCAUACCUGAUAUGUAGCUACUGUAUAUCUGACUUGAGUGAGGUGUUGGUGUAACUACCAUGUGAAUAAAUUACAUUACCUAA